AUGGCUAAGGACGAUGCCCAGCGCUUAGCGGAGGAGUGGCUGAUGAUGUUGACCCGGACUGUGCCCCUCUCAUCAUGGCUUUCCCCUAUCCGAGCUUUGCUGGAGUCAUUCCCACGGACAUUCGUCGAAGCUGGCGGCAGCUUUGAUGAGCUCUCGAAAGUGGACUUGCGGGAGUUGAGCUCCUUUGUUCCGCAGUUGGGCAUCUUAUUGCGGCAGUACCAAAAUGCUAUAACUCCGAUAUCUCGUCUUCCGCCCGAGAUAAUGGAGGCAGUGUUCAUCGCUUUACGCGACCUGAGCCUUCCUGCGUGGGAUGAUCAACGGAGCAAGCCGACUCAUUGGGUCAGGGCAUGCACUCAUGUUUGUAACAAAUGGAGAACGGUCGCCCUUCACCUCCCUGACUUAUGGACUUGCCUGGACAUCAGCUACGCGUCUCCGGAGACUCUCAUGAUGAUGGUCCGUCGCACUCAAGGCCACCGGUGCGACUUAGUCAUGAGCAGGCCCAGCGUCGGGUUCGAGGUAGCUCAUAUGCUUCUCCACGGCGCACGGGUUCUGGGCCCUGUGUUCGGCGGCAUAAGCUUCAUGGAGCUUCAGAUUGGCGCUCGUAGCCAUGUCGUGCCAUUCUUAUCGUCUGCCUCGCUUCCAAAACUGGCAGAACUCAAGAUCUCGGCGCCUGAGGAGAAAGCGCCGGCGCAUGAUUUCCCUCGGCCCUCCCGCAUAACGAUCAUAUUGCCUGCGUGUUCGUUCCCCGCAUUGCGCUCCCUCGUCUUGAAGAACUGCACGAUCUUCUCUCGCGCAGAGAUGACCGACGCCCAUCAUGAAGCCCUAUUCCCUCUACUCGACACGCUCGUCAUAGACUGCGGAGACAUCAUCCCCGUCUUCUGGGCCGUGCAACCGCGCCCUUUCCAGGGUGGUGCAGACAGGCCGUCCAUCUUUGAACUACUCGCGAUCACCCCUCGUCUUCGCUCUCUCACUCUGAUACAACCAUUCCCGGCCUUGUUUUGCGUCCCACCCGAGAGCGUCACAAGGAUCCCGACUUCACUCAGGCAAGUGUCGCUCGCCAUGAAGCAAGACCGUCGCAAAAUGAAGUAUACUACCUUCGUUCGCUCUCUCCACCUGGGUGACAUACCGGGGGUCGAAGUCGAUCUUCGCAUCUUGCGACCGCCAAAGGCUUUUCGUCGACAGCUAUGUUAUAAGAGGAAGGAUGCAGAGCUUCGCCGCUUCUAUGAACUGCUAGGCGUUGAACGACCCCCCAUCGAGCUCGUCGUCUCGUUCACCCCUGCGACCGCCUCUCUCACGAACCCUCACGGUCGACGUAGCACGCACAUCCACAUCGUUGCCAAAGACUGCGAAGGCUUCACACCCAGCACCCAUUUCACCCUCGAAGAUCAUAGCGGGAACGACAUGUUUACGGGACUACCACUCGACCAGCUUGAGAAGCUCACUCUGGACGUAACACACGACGCCCAUCUACAGGUCUCCGGCGAGUGGUGGAAGAAGCACUUCACAAGGGCAAAGAACGUGCGGCAAGUCGAGGUGAUAGGCGGGUUCGAGAGCGCAUUUGCGCUCGUGCGGGCGCUAUUCGCCAAUACCGGCGCGGACCAUACAGAGUCGGCGAACUCUGUCAAGCAAGUUCCGACAAUCAACCUUGGUUAUCCAGUCAAUGAAGGGCUAACGAACGAAGACGGAGUCGAAGACCCCACCCCGAACAUCGCAGUCACAGAAGAACCUCUCUUUCCUCACCUCACGCGGCUCUGUAUUCGAGACAAAUCCUGCGAAGCCGAUCGAGCCCCGACCCUGGGAUGGAGACGCGUGCGGGCGCUCGAGAACAUGUCGACUUCCAGAUCGAGCGCACCAGGCGUAGAGGCUCUCAGCAAACUAUCACUUCCAUCGCGCUUUGCAGACAAAUCGUGGGCAAAACACCUCCGUAGUAGGUUUGACGAGUUGCUCUUCGAGUAG